AUGAUGGACUCGAUUCCCGCACCCAGUGGAGCAGCGCCCGCUGAGCUGGCCGGGACCAGGACUUGUCACUUCUGCCGGACGCGCGGGCUCCGCUGCUCAGGGCAGUCAGUAUGCGACGCCUGUCGCGCCCACGACGUCGAGUGCGCGUAUGCGGCGUACGGUGGCGCCCGCCAGCCGAACAAGCCAUUCUACAACCCGCCAAGGACCGAGAUUCUCAGCGGAUACGCGUCUCCCGGUCCCAGUCUCGCCUCGACCGCUGCCACGCCGUCCGAGACAUCAGGAGGCCAGAGACAGCUCGUCGAUGAGCUGGAGCACGUCGCCCACCGGCUGUUCGUCCAAACCCACGUCAUCCCGGCCGCCGAGCUUCAGCGGAGCGGCUACUGGCAUGGCGCCGCCACGCGGGAUCCGCCUCCCACUGGCUUGAAGCUACCGUACCGAGACGUCUUCAACGGUUUAGCGCAAUCCAUCGUCGAACUCUUCUUGAUCCGCUUUAACUCGUUGGGAUGCUCCCCCCGCGAGCAGACGACCCUCACGGAUUUGAGCAAACUGUUUUUCCAGCAACAACCCCUGCCCUCGUUCAGCAUUUUUGCUUCGCCAAUCCCGCCGCAGAGCUUCGCCGAUCGUAAGGUACAGCAGCUGAUUGAAGUCUGGUUCGCUCACCACCCCUUAUCUUUCGUGCUCUCCAAAACCUUGCUACUUCAGUCUUAUCGCAAUGGCACGCAUGAUAGCGAGCUAUUGGCAUUGGUCCUCGCUGAGGCUAGUUUUCUCGUCGGCCAUCAAGAUGUGAGCUCUGCCGAGGCCUUCGUCGAAGCUGCGCGAGCGCGGGUGCUCGAACGUCCGGCGCUUUCUCUCUCGACCACGCAAGCGCUAGUUCUCUUGGGCUGGCAUGACUUCUGCCUGAACCUUCCGCGCCAAGGAUAUUGCUACCUCGAAUUCGCGCGUAUGGUAGCCGCCCAAUGUCUCAGCGAGUCUCGUCAAGCAUCUCCAGGCGACAACCACAUGAAUGGCGUCAACCUCCAAACCGUCGAGACGGAGCUUUUCCAGCGCAUAUACUGGCUCACAUCCUCGGUUGCGCUUUGGGUCUCCCUGCAGCAGUCCUGCCCCGAUUUCGACGUCCUUUCCCCUCUCGACACCGCUUCUCUCCCUCCUGCCGAUCUUUCGACCUCCACGGUUUACUCGCUCGAUGAGACCUCGGGUAAUAUCGCCUCUUUAGUCGCCCAAAAAACUGGUGUCCGCGAGCUCUGGUCGCUCGCCCACUUGACGUCCACCAUCGCGCCGAUCUUCAAGCUCUGCCUGCUCCAGCGUCGCCAUGGAUCCUCAGACACGGCCGCGCAACAACAGCCAUAUUGGACAGCGCCAACCCCACCGCCCAUGCCGCCCCGCCCCCUGCUAACCUCGCAGCCCAUCCACUCCCUCCUCGCCGACGCGCGCAGCCGUCUCCCCGCCCAGCUCGACCACAGCAACCCGUCGCAGACCUUCACGUGCUCCGCGUACCAGCUCCUCGCCAUCCACGCCGCGUUCUUCUCGCCGCCGCCUAGCCCGACGCCGACGAUGACGCCGAUGGACGACGGACAGCUGCAGCAGGGCGGCGGCGGCAAGGGCGUCAAUGCCGGCGAGGUGCUGCACUCGAUCCAGACCUUCCUCGCCGCGACGCAGACGCUGCAGCGGCAAGCGGCGCUGCAGGACCUGUUCGGCGGGCGCGACCACGACGUCCGCACGGCGCCGUGGGUGGUCCUGGGCCUGGACACGUGCGGGCGCGCGGUGGCGCGGCUGCGGCAGGGAGGAGCGGCGGCGCAUACGGCCGUCCAGGAGGCGGCGGAGCACCUGUGGGACGCGAGCGGGCAUCAGAAGCUGAGGAGCGAGCCGGGAUUGCGGAUCGUGAGGGAGAGGUUGGCGCGGUUGGUAGGGAAGGAGGCCGUGCAGAGGCAACAGCAGCAGCAACAGCAACAGCAACAGCAGGCGGCGCAGUCGCCGUCUUCGCUGUCGCCGAGUUCGAUUCUGCCGUCUCAGCAUGAGGAGUUGUGGACUGGCGGCAUUGGGGGGCUGGAGGUUACGUGGUCUGGGGAGCCGGAUUUGAGCAAUUCGGCGGCGGACUUAUUGGAUGCAGGGGCGCCGGGGGCGCCGGAGGACGACUUUUUUGGGGAGUGGAAUCCUGUGAUGUAUUGA